AUGAUUGCCUACAAUCUUCCAAGGCUCACAUAUACCAUCCAGGCAAUAUGGGUGGAGGAGGCAAGCUAUAUGCCAGCAAACAGGAUCAAGGAAUCUCUUUGCAGUGACAGCUCGGCAGUGAAGAAGAGUGGCAGCACCGUCACUGGGUUGAGAUUGACGAAUGGCCAGACUAUACGAUCAAAGUAUUAUAUUGAAGCGUCAUACGAAGGUGACUUCCUCGUCGCUGCCGGGAUAUCCACUGCAUUGGGACGAGAAUCAUCAUCGCAGUAUAACGAAAGCUUAGCAGGAGUCCGGGACGACACACGGUACACCCAGUUCGAAAUCCCAAUUGAUCCCUAUAUUGUGCCUGGAGAUCCCUCAAGUGGGCUUCUUCACGGUAUUUCGCCAGAACCAUUUGGUAAACCUGGUGAUGGAGACCAGCAUCUGGCUGCUUACUCUUACCGGCUCCCUCUGACAGAUGUGGAAGGCAAAAAAUUGGCCAUCUACAACCUGAGGGGGAUUCCAAACCGGAAGACGGAUCUCAUUGGAUCGGAAGCUGUGCUGUGUACUGAUCUACUCGAUAUGAACGAUGACUGGCCUACUGCAGAUGCUAAUGGUCGCCAGAAAAUCCUUGACGAAACGGCCACUUCCACUAAGGGUCUCAUUUGGUUCUUUGCAAAUGAUGAAGCUGUUCCUGCCGAUAUUCGCCAGGAAUGGUCUCGAUUUGGCUACUGCCUUGACGAAUUCCCCGACAACAACCAUUUCCCUCGCCAGCUCUACGUUCGCGAUGCACGGAGAAUGGUGUCUGACUAUGUUGUUACCCAGCAUACGGCAUCCGAACACGAUGGAGGAGAGCACGAUCCAUGUCCUGUCGCGAUUGCAUACUGGCCUACGGAUACUCAUUGCGCACGUAGAGUGGUCCGAGAUGGCCUGGUACAUCAUGAAGGCUUCAUCUUCAAGGACAAACACCAGUGGCGGCCUUUCGGUAUCUCUUAUCGGUCCUUGGUACCAAAGAGGGCUGAGGCUACAAAUGUCUUGACAGCUACCUGCCCAAGCUCUUCUCACGUUGGAUACGGGGCUGUUCGAAUUGAACACCAGUUCUAUGAACUAGGACAGGCAUGUGCAAAUGCGUGUGAUAUCGUACUGAAAGAUGCAGAUGCUCACGGCUCGGUCCAAGAUGUUCCGUACAGUGUGCUCCGGGAAAGGCUGCUGGAGCAAGGGGCUGUUCUCGAUGUUUCUCUUGUCGGAAAGCCGGAUUUCGGCCUUCUCUAA